ACGUCUCCUGGGCAACCCCUGACUUGUUUUCUCUGUGUCGCGGGGCAAGUUCUAGGGAGCAGGAAAGAAGCAGCACGGACCCGUCAUCAGAGAUAUGGCCCGGCAGCCUCUACCCAAGAAAAUGAGCUGGGUCUGUCUGGUGGGGCUUGUUCCACGACAUUCGCCGGAGGAGGAUGCCCUGCCUUCACACACUCAGCUUCAAAGAAGGAACUUCACCCUAUAAAGCAGAAGACUUGUUUUUUUUUUUUUCCUUUUGCGGUUUCUGGUAGCAAAUGUGUGACCGUCUCUGCUUAUAGACGUCAGGCAAUGAGGAGUGAGUGUGGCUUGGAUCCCUGCUCUCCCCUCCUUCACCCCUUUCCUUCUCUUCUAGUCCUUUCCAGAAAGUUCGCCAGCUGGGAGAAUCAUUUUGACAGUUUCCUGUGCUGUCAGAUAGCUCCAUAGAACUCCGUUUCUGAGAACCAGCCAGAGGCAUGCAGUGACAUUGCGCAACCGCCUCUAAGCGGAGCUUAUCACCCGUGGGGCUCCAAGGCGCGGCUCACACCAGCAGCAUGAAAGGAGCAGGCGGCCCAGACGGAGCGCCCAAGACGCUCCUGGCCCGGGCGCUUUAUGACAACCACCCUGACUGCUCCGACGAGCUGGCUUUCUGCAGAGGAGACAUCCUGACCAUUCUGGAACAGGACGUGCCGGAAAGCGAGGGCUGGUGGACGUGUCUGCUCCACGGGAGGCAAGGCCUGGCCCCUGCCAACCGCCUCCAGAUCCUCGAGGAGGCCCCCGCAGACGGGCCCUGUCCCCCUUUCUUCAGUGGCCUGGAAGAGGCUCCCGGCCGCUCCCAGGAGAACUACGAGGUGCCCAGCCCCCCGACGCCAGGCCCCGUGUAUGAGCAGAUGAAGAGCUGGGUGGAGGGGCCCCCGCCUCCCACGGUCCAGAUCUACGAGUUCCCUGACCCACCCACCUGCGCCAGGAUCGUCUGUGAAAAGACCCUGAGCUUUCCCAAACAGGCCAUCUUCACGAUUCCCAGGGCUGCUCGGACCUCGUUGCCAGCUCUGCCUUGCCAGGUGUACGAUGUACCCGCCCAGAGCCGGUGCCCCCCAGCCUCAAAGGAACCAGGGAAGCAGCAGCUCUAUGACAUACCCCCCAGCUGCCAAAAGGCCACCCUCGGUCCCCUGAGCAGCCAAGCAAAUGGACAGAAUGUUCCUCUGACAUCAGCCACUGCCUUAAGGAGGGGCGGCUGCAACACGCUACCAAACCCUCAGAAAUUGGAAUGGAUCUACGACACGCCGGUGUCUCUGGAAAAGGCUGGUGUUCAAAAGGCAUCACUGGCCAACUCUGGGGAAGAACUAGGGCACCGCGGCCUCCCCAGGUACAUGUCCAGUUUCCACAGCCCUCCCAACAGCAUCGCAAGGUCCCACCCUCCACACUCGCAGAAAAAUGGUCCCAUGCAGAAAAAACUCAGCCUUCCAGAAAUUCCUUCUUACAGCUUCCCGCCGCCCAAGCGCAUGUUCCCUUUGGAUGAAAGUGUCAGCUAUAAGGUCCCUUCGAGCUUUCUGAUCCCCCGAGUGGAACAGCAGAACACCACCCCCAACAUUUAUGACGUCCCCAGAGCAAUGCCAGAUGUCCCCCAGGUGGGGAAAGAGCUGGGAAAAGCCGGCGGGCCGUCAGAGAAUUCCGUGGACCACAGUUCCUCGUGGUUCUGCAGCCGGGCAGCAUCGCUCUCUCCCGAACCCGACAGCAUCUCCGUCUCCAGUUCUGACAGCAGAGCCAGUGUCCUUUCCUCCUGCUCCUCCACGUCCACCGACUCCUCCUCCAGCUCCUUCUCGGAAGAGGCAGCCAAAGAGCUCCCCUUGGACCUGGACUCGGCCAAAGAGACGGUCACGGCUCUGCAGCACAAGGUGGUCAGCUCUGUGUCCAGCCUGAUGCACUUUGUCAGUAGGAAGUGGAGGUUCAGAGACUCUCUGGAGGCCAACAUCAACGCGAUCCGCAGGGCCACUGACCGCAUAGAGGAAUCCUUGAGAGAAUUUCUGGAUUUCGCCCACGGAGUCCGUGGGACCGCGGGCAACCUCACCGACAGUAACCUUCAGACCAAGAUUAGGGAUCAGCUACAGACAAUCGCCAACGCCCACCAAAUCCUGCUAGAAACGAAGGAGCGCCUGGAGAGCUGCGGCUGGUCCCUGGAAGUCCUUGCAACUGACAAAGUCCACAACAGCCCGGACGACCUGGAGAGGUUUGUCCUGGUGGCCCGGAUGGUCCCUGAAGACAUCAAGAGGUUCGCCUCCAUCGUCAUCGCCAACGGCAGGCUCCUUUUCAAGCCGAACUGUGAGAAGGAAGAGCCUGUGCAGUGGACCCCAGAUGCAGAAUUUAAGCUUGCGAAAGGCAUCCAGCUGCCCCGAAGGGAGGGCGAAUCAUACCAGAGGAAGGCUCCUUUUCAGAAACAAAGGGCAAGUGAACAGCCUCCUGAACUAAUAGAGAAAAAUAAAACGAAUGCCUGUGGACAGAAGUUGCCUCACCUAGAAGAGAAAGAAAAACCCAUCUUGGAACAAAGGGUGGAUGAAAAGAAAGACUUAGAAACACAGAAUCCAGGCUCCCUGAUCCCCCGGCCUUUGAGCCAGCAGAAUCCCGAGAAGAGAAUCCACCUCUCGGAACACUGCCGGCUCUACUUUGGGGCGCUGCUGAAAGCCAUCGGCGUGUUGAACGGCAGCCUCAGCAGCAGGCAGCCCCCCGAGACCUUCAUCACGCAGAGCAAGCUGGUCAUCAUGGUGGGGCAGAAGCUGGUGGACACGCUCUGCAAGGAGACCCAGGAGAGGGACUUUCGCAACGAGAUCCUCUGUGGCAGCAGCCACCUCUGCAGCCUGCUCAGGAACCUGGCGCUGGCCACCAAGCACGCCGUGCUGGAGUACCCAAGCCCCGCAGCCCUGGGCCAUCUGCAGGCUGAGGCCAGGAAGCUGGAGCAGCACACGCAGCAAUUCAGAGGGACCUGGGAAUGAGUCUCCGCUCCCCUCCUUCCCCGGGGCAAACCCUCGGCUUCCAAGGCACACCCACAACCUGCAAGGCUGUCCUAUGGGAAAAGCCAGACUGGGGAGGCACCCAGCAGGAGGCAACAGCCAGAACCAGUAUCACCAAGCAGCCAUGCAACCCCAGGACCCUGGCUUCAUCCCACAGAGUCAGGGAAACGAGUCAGGUGUUAAGCAAAGACCUUGCUAAGUUUGUAGCAUACCCUGUAGGGUCGGCAUGUGAAAUGAGGCUAUAGAAACCAGUUUUUAUAUUGCCUAAAGGUGUGCCUGUUUUAUUUUAUUUUAUUUUGUCUUUUUGGGGCGGCAUCCACAGCAUAAGGAGGUUCCAAGGC